AUGGACAAUGGUUUCCUCCUCUUUAAUAACGUCAAGAUCCCUCACAUCAAUAUGCUUGCCCGCUUCUCCCGCGUAGACAAGGAGACGAACAAGUACGUGCGCCCCGCGUCGCCAUCCCUAGUAUUUGGAACCAUGACCUGGGUGCGCUCCAACAUCGUUUUGCAGGCUGGUUCCGUGCUGGCCCGCGGUGUCACCAUCGCCACUCGCUACUGCGCGGUCCGCCGACAGUUCCAGGACCGCGACGCCAAGGCGGACGCGGGCGAGACUCAGGUGCUCAACUACAAGAUGGUGCAGAUUCGUCUGCUGCCUCUGUUGGCGGCCAUGUAUGCCCUGCACUUUACCGGCCGGGGCAUGAUGCGUCUGUACCAAGAGAAUCAGAACAAGCGCGCCGCCGCCGAGGCCGAACAGGACAAGCGCGGGGCGGCUCCCGAGGCCCUCCGUGCCGGGUCGGAUCUGCUGGCCGAUCUGCACGCCACUUCUUGUGGUCUAAAGGCACUGGCCAGUACCACCGCCGGAGAGGGGCUGGAGAUCUGUCGUCGCGCCUGUGGUGGUCACGGAUACAGCAGCUACAGCGGGAUCGGACCCUAUUAUUCCGACUAUCUUCCUACCCUGACCUGGGAGGGCGACAACUACAUGCUCACCCAGCAGGUUGCCCGCUAUCUCCUCAAAUCCGCUCGUGCAGUGCUUGCCGGCAAGGGAACCGGCAACGACACCAGCCAGAUCCUCCAGGCAUACCUUGCGCGUCGCGACAAGGGUGCCUCGUUCGACAUUCUCGAGGUGGACAGCGAUAUUGUGGCCGCGUUCGCCUGGCGCACAGCCCACCUCACCUUCGAGGCUCUCAAACACCGAGAUCUCGAGAAGCGGUCAUGGAACAGCCUGCUGGUCGACUUUUGGCGUCUGUCCACGGCUCACUCGCAGUACCUGGUGGUCAAGAACUUUUACGAGGCGGUGUCGUCGCCGGAUCUGGCCGCCAAGCUCGGCCCGGAGACGACCAAGAUCAUGCACGACCUGUUCCGCCUGUACGCUCUACACACGCUGGAGCGCGAGGCGGCCGAGUUCUUCUCGUCGGGCGCCGUCACCGUCCGGCAGAUUACUCUCACCCGGACCAACGCGGUGAUGAAGCUGCUGGACGAGAUCCGACCUCACGCCGUCCGCCUGGUGGAUGCCUGGAAGAUCCCGGAUUGGCAGCUGGACAGCAGUCUGGGCCGUUACGACGGUGAUGUAUACCCCGAUCUGUUCAACCGGGCCAGCCAGAACCCGGUGAAUGAUCUGGUCUUUGAUCCGUAUCCGUGGAACGAGGCGGUGCUGAAGAACGCACCCAAGGCCAAGCUUUGA